AUGGCAUUCUACGGGCGACGAGACCCAUUCAACAGCUCCGUUGGCCACGAUGCAUCUCCCAUGUGUCACUCAGCACUAGAAUAUGCUAUUGAGACGGGCUUCGCCUCUCUAUUUGCACCACUCCGACCCACGAAGGCCAGCUCAUUAAUAACCUCGUGGAAAGGAUCUGCGGUUCAAGUCCCCAUUCUAUUCCACGCCGAAGUCGUGGCGAGUGUCGGUUGGGUCUUACUGAUGAUUGGUGGCCAAAGCCUGCCAGUUGAGCCCUUGUUGUAUCGGUUACAAAUGGAGCAGCGACAACUGGCACUGGAGACGCUGCGAAAAGAGCUCGAAAAUCCAAAGUUCGAACCAACUGAUGCUCACGUUCACGCAAUCGCAUUUCUUGCAUUCCAGAGUGGAGGUCCUAUGCCAUGCGAUGAACCAUAUCCAUCUUCACCAAUGGGGUUGUUGCAACACGUGUACGCCUUUUCAAGAUUCGAAGCAACCCUGCCACAUGUAACCGCGCUGUACAAUUUUGUCAGGGCUCGAGGAGGAAUUGACAAGAUUCAGCUGCACGCCUUGGCAGAUGUACUUGAAGUAGUUGAUAUUGUCAUCUCGACUCGCACUCAGAAUCCUUGUCGUUUCCCGUUGAUCCGAACGAAAUCGAAGCUGGCAGAAAAAAGAGAAGAGUCAGUAUUGGACAGCUAUACCGGCACUCGACGCAUUGGUGGGCAUGAGCUCUUAUCGAUUAAGAAAAUCAAUCUCACGAUAUAUCGCUUACUGGUGCAAAUGUCGCAAGUGACAGGGAUUCUUGACCGAUUUCAUGAGGACUCGAGUCGAACGGAGUUGAGCGGAGUCUUGAUAAUGCGUCGCAACGAAAUACAGCAUGGUCUCCUCGGAUAUCCGACAGCACAGUAUAGUGAGUAUAUGUUCAUGUUGGACGAGGAUUCACUGGACAUGCCGCCUGCCGUGAUGGCCCUAACCGAAAUGAUCCGCCUGGCCGCGUCUAUUUAUAGCGAUUUGGUUUUGUUCCCUCAGCCUUGGAUCACAGGGAUUAAAUUACAGCUAGCGCAGAGGCUACGCAUGGUGGCAGAGAAGAGCGGGAUGUAUGACAACAUCAAGCACUCUAUACCAAACUAUCCCAAGGUACACGUGUGGAUAUUAUGGUUUGGAUGUUUCGCGGCAUUCCGUACAGAGCAUCAGGGAUGGUUCGAGGACAAGCUUCGGUGGUUUGUGAACAUGCACUAUGGUAUGGCAAUAGAGAAGGCGGAAAAUGUCAGAUUCAAGAGGGUGAAGGAGGGUCUCCGAGGCUUUCUUUGGUGGAGUCCUGUCUGUGAUCAGGCUGGCCAGGCUCUGUGGUCUAGAUUAACCCAGAUAUCAGACGAGGACGAGGACGAGGACGACACUGACCCGGACGCGUGA